AUGGUGGCGGCGACCAUCACGAAGACGGCCCGUGGGACGCACGUCCUGGACAUCCACGGCUUCAGCGGCCUGAGGAAGAAACAAUGUGACGUAGAUGGCUUUCUGUACUCGCCGACCUUCACCUUGUCGGACCAUGUUGCCGCCUUCGUCGAGCUAGUGACCGAGGGCGCUGCGGCCUGGGCGCGCGUCGGGUUCGGGCUGGUCGACCAGACCACCGGCGAGACGGUGCCGCUGUUCCGCGAGAAGGACCCGAUCCUGUUCGACGCCAGCAGCGAGGACACGUGCACCUGGGGCGCCGGCGAGCUCGCCAGGAGGAGGCACCUCCAUGCCGGCUCGCGGUACGUCAUCGGUGACCGCCUCAAGAUCGAGUGCGCCAUCGACGUCUGCAGCGACCUUCUCACCUUCGACGACCCGCCACCGUCCUCCGGCCUGCCGCUCUUCCAGCAAGCCGGCUACGGCAGGGAGGAGCCGGACGUGAUCAUCGAAGUCGCAGGAGAGACGAUCGCCGCGCACUACUGCAUCCUCGACGCCCGGGCGCCUGGCUUUCUCAAGCGCCACAUCCACACGGCGACGACACGCAGCGACAGGAAGGUGCAGAUCUCCGUGGACGGCGGAGACAUGCCGGCACAGUCGUUCAAGGCGCUGGUCGACUUCGCCUACACGGACGCGCUGCCGGUCGUGGGUGGCCUUAAUGGGGCCGGCCACAAGGCGAUGAUCCGGCACCUCCUUAUCGCCGCCGAGCGGUACGGCAUGGGCAGGCUGAGGGCGAUCUGCGAGCGUGUCCUGUGCAAGAGCCUCGACGUCGAGACCGUGGCAGCCACGCUGGCCAUGGCUGACCGACACGGCUUCAAGAAGCUGAGUGAAGCUUGCGCCGAGUUCAUGGCUUUUCCCUGA